AUGAAGCGAGCUAAAAAGACUUUAGCUAAAAAGCCUGGUCCUGGUAAAGAAAAAGCAGACAAGAUUCAUAUAGAUCGAUUCUUAGAUGACCUUGUAAAAGAUGAUACUGAUCCUAAUUCUAAUA